AAGCCCCACGUGCACAACUUCGAUGACAAGCGGACAGGCAUCGAGGUGCAGGUGCUCAAGGAGCGCAUGACGGCGAGCGCAACGGGCUGGUACUGGGUCAGCUCGGAGCGCCAGUUUGCAGACGGCUUCACCAAGUUCGACGAGAAGUUAAAGGCCGCCAAGAAGAAGACCGCCAAGGACCGCCAGGCAGAGGCCAAGAGGUUCGCCAUAUCUAAGCCAAAGACCAGCGCGAUGACGGCCCUGGCGACUAUGACGUCUAUGACGACAGCGGCGGCCAGCGAGGUGAAGAUCUACGAGAGCGAGGCGGAGCAGGCCCUGGUGGAGUUCAAGUGGACCGAGAGCCAUAGGAUUGUGAACAGCAUACCGCUCAGCACGUUCGUGAAAGGGCUUUUCAGCAUGCUGGUGGCGAUCGUGCUGCUGGGCUUCGUGUGCUGCGCAGUGCUCACGGCUGCAGGAACGGCGCGGCCGGUCCCGACAUCUCCAGAGCCAGGCAGUGAGAAGGAGUUUGUACCGACACAGAUCCCGAAGGAGAAGAAGGUGAAGUUGAGUACGGUCAAGUGGGACAUUGGUUGCCAGGGACCAGUCAACUACACGAGUGUUGGGCGACCCGACGGACAGUAUGGACAGUACAAACACGUGACGAAUGGAUUUCGGCGAGGCUGGGAGGUUACCCGUGAGCUGCAUAUUGUGCAGCAGAAGCCGCACCAUGAGUGA